AAAAAACCCAGAAUUCUGAUAUGAAGAAGGGGAAGCAGACAUAAAUGCUAUUGCUGCAAUCUGCUUCUGUUAUAUGUCAUCCUUCAAUGUUAGUGAGAACAUCUUUAGAUUAGCAAGUGAAUUAAAAGUGUGUCUUGGUCAUCUCUUCCAAGACCAAUCUAAAUAUGGCAAUGAGAAGGAUAAUCGUUUUAUCCAUUUUAUUUACACAAUCAUUAUCUGCACCUAGUGGUUGCAUAGAAAGCUGCACUACUACUUAUCAAAAGGUCAAUUCUUAUAGAACUCAUCAAGUAUCUAGUAAUCUUAAUGAUCAUGCAGAUUUAAUAACAGAUUCAAAUAUAAGAAACAUAAAUCAUUUGAAUCUUGAUUACAAUAGACCUGGUAAUUGGACAGAACAAAAUGAAUAUAGAACAGAUGGUGGUCAUGGUAAAGUUUAUGAAGAGCAAGGACAAUAUGUUGAAGGUUCAAAACGUGUAAGAUAUUUUAAAAAGAAUUAUACUUCCUCAUAUACUAAUACUCAUGUAAAUAAUCCAGAUUUAAUACAGUCAGAAAGAUUAAUCAAUCAAAACAGAUACAAUUCUAUGCAUAAUGCUGACAGUCAAAGAGUAUAUGAGCAAUCAAGAAAUUCAGAAUCAUACAGACAAGAACAUAGCUAUAAUAACUUACAUAAUGAUCAGUUAGUAGAAUCGUACAGAGGAAAAGAAAGUCAUAAUGGAAGACUUGAGAAUCUUGGAGGAUUAGGUGAUAGUUUACAAGUGAGUCAACAUGGAAUGUCUGGUGGUGAUUCAGGAUUGUUGCAAGGUCAAAAUCCAUAUAUUGGAACAAGACCUGGUAAUUGGUCUCAAGUUAAUACAUAUAGAACUGAUGGAGGGCAUGGACGUGUUUUUGAAGAAGAAGGACAAUAUGUUACUGGUCCAAAAACAAUUCGUUAUUACCAACAAAAUUAUACUUCUCAAUAUAGCACCAACCCUAAACAUGAGAUUACUUCAAAUAUACAUGACCUGCAGAAUACAAUACAAAAAGUAAAUCAGGAAUUCAAAAAUUUAGAAACAGAACUCCAUCGAACAUCCCACUCCAAACAUGUGGCCUCAAGUAACACUUUGCAUACAGGUACUAUGAAUUUAAUUCAAGACAAUGUAACACCUACUUUUAAAAAUUAUGAUCUACAAGUUGCUGAAAGUGCUGAUUAUAGACAUAGAGGUCAAAACGAGUAUAUGCCUGCUAUUGGAACAAUAUAUAAUGUACCUCAAGAUCAAUUGCCAAAUAGACAAACUCAACUUACUGUUGAGGAUGCAUUAUACAGAAAUCAAGACAAUCUAUAUAAUAGAAAUAGACCAAAUAUUCAACAUCAAAGACAAGAAACAUAUAUUUCUCAAUCUCAUACAAAUGUUUUACCCAGUCCUGUUCAAUCUCCAAUCAAUGAAAAUAGCAAUUAUCAAAGAUACAGAAAUAAUGAACAGAUUGGGCUACAACAAAGAGAGAAUUACCAAAGAGAACAUUUUGAUACACAUCAAUCACAAAUGAGACAAAAUUAUCAAUCUAUAGACAGUGUACAACAGAGUAGAUUGAAUGAAAACAUUGAUAAUUAUCCAUAUUCAAGAGGACAAAGAAUACAACAUCAACAAGGUUGGGAUGCUAUGGGACAAAGAAGCGAAAUUGUUAAUACUAAUCCAUAUGACAGAAACCAAUAUUCUUCACAUCACAGAAGCAGGACAUACAACAUGGAAGUUGUUCGUACAGUAGGUAAUAAUUACAAUCCAGGCUAUACAGCAAAUGUACAAGAGGUAGCUACUGGUACACAUGGCAUUGAUCAAGGAAUGCAACAUGAAGAUUGUACUCAUGAAAUGCAGCACAGUGAGCAUAGAUAUAACAGAAAAUAUAAACGUAAUGCAGACUAUCGUCGAUAUAAUCAUAUUCAGGAACAACAGCAAUAUGGGAGAAUUCCAAAAAAUCCAGAACAUUAUCAACCAGAAAAACUGGCAUACAGUGACUAUGAACUGCAACAUCAAUCUUCACAACAACAAAAUCAAGAUUUAACUCAACAGAGUGAAGACUUGACACAACAAACAAGUGGAUUUGAUGAUUUAACACAACAAACUUCGGGACAUUUGGAAUUUGGACAACAGACACAGAAUCAUGGAAAUCGCAAUAGACAUAAUCAACAUAUCGAAGAUUUGACUCAACAAAACGAAGAUUUAACUCAACAAACAGGUGGAUUUGAUGAUUUAACUCAACAAACAUCGGGACAUUUAGAAUUUGGGCAACAGACACAAAAUCACAGGUAUCCCAAUAGUUUAAAUCAAAAAUACGAAGAUUUGACUCAACAAACGGAUGGAUUUGAUGAUUUAACUCAACAAACUUCAGGACACUUAGAAUUUGGACAACAUACACAACAGACACAGAAUCAUAGAAAUCGCAGUAGACAUAGUCAACGUAUCGAAGAUUUAACUCAACAAAGUGAUGAUUUAACUCAACAAACAGGUGGAUUUGAUGAUUUAACACAACAAACUUCGGGACAUUUGGAAUUCGGACAGCAGACACAGAAUCGCAGAAAUCCCAAUAGUUCGAGUCAAAAAUAUGAAGAUUUGACUCAACAAGACGAAGAUUUAACUCAACAAACAGGUAGAUUUGAUGAUUUAACACAACAGACUUCAGGACAUUUGGAAUUUGGACAACAUACACAACAGACACAGAAUCAGAGAAAUCGCACUAGACAUAAUCAACAUAUUGAAGAUUUAACUCAACAAAGUGAUGAUCUAACGCAACAAACGGGUGGAUUUGACGAUUUAACACAACAGACUUCGGGACAUUUGGAAUUCGGACAACAAACACAGAAUCAUGGAAAUCGCAAUAGACAUAAUCAACAUAUCGAAAAUUUAACUCAACAAGACGAAGAUUUAACUCAACAAACAGGUGGAUUUGAUGAUUUAACACAACAGACUUCGGGACAUUUAGAAUUUGGACAACAUACACAACAGACACAGAAUCAUAGAAAUCGCAGUAGACAUAAUCAACGUAUCGAAGAUUUAACUCAACAGAGUGAUGAUCUAACGCAACAAACAGGUGGAUUUGGUGAUUUAACACAACAGACUUCGGGACAUUUGGAAUUUGGCCAACAAACACAGAAUCGCAGAAAUCCCAGUAGUUUGAGUCAAAAAUAUGAAGAUUUGACUCAACAAGACGAAGAUUUAACUCAACAAACAGGUGGAUUUGAUGAUUUAACUCAACAAACUUCGGGACAUUUAGAAUUUGGACAACAUACACAACAGACACAGAAUAAUAGAAAUCGCAGUAGACAUAAUCAACAUAUCGAAGAUUUAACUCAACAGAGUGAUGAUCUAACUCAACAAACGGGUGGAUUUGACGAUUUAACACAACAGACUUCGGGACAUUUAGAAUUUGGACAACAUACACAACAGACACAGAAUCAUAGAAAUCGCAGUAGAUAUAAUCAACGUAUCGAAGAUUUAACUCAACAAAGUGAUGAUCUAACACAACAAACGGGUGGAUUUGACGAUUUAACACAACAGACUUCGGGACAUUUGGAAUUUGGACAACAUACACAACAGACACAGAAUCAUAGAAAUCGCACUAGACAUAAUCAACGUAUCGAAGAUUUAACUCAACAAAGUGAUGAUCUAACGCAACAAACGGGUGGAUUUGACGAUUUAACACAACAGACUUCGGGACAUUUGGAAUUUGGACAACAAACACAGAAUCGUAGAAAUCCAAGUAGUUUGAAUCAAAAAUAUGAAGAUUUGACUCAACAAGAUGAAGAUUUAACUCAACAAACAGGUGGAUUUGAUGAUUUAACUCAACAAACUUCGGGACAUUUAGAAUUUGGACAACAUACACAACAGACACAGAAUAAUAGAAAUCGCAGUAGAUAUAAUCAACAUAUUGAAGAUUUAACUCAACAAAGUGAUGAUCUAACGCAACAAACGGGUGGAUUUGACGAUUUAACACAACAGACUUCAGGACAUUUGGAAUUCGGACAACAAACACAAGAUCACAGAAAUCCCAGUAGUUUAAAUCAAAAAUAUGAAGAUUUGACUCAGCAAACUUCAGGAAAUUUAGAAUUUGGACAACAAACACAACAGAUACAAAAUUAUAGAAAUCCCAGCAGACAUACCGAACAAAAUGAUGAUCCAACUCAACAAACAGGUGGUUUUGAUGAUUUAAUGCAACAUACUUCAGGACAUUUAGAAUUUGGACAGCAAACACAACAAUUACAGAACCAAAGAUACUCUACCAGCCAUAAUCAACAAUUUCCAGAUGAACAAUAUUUUCAUCCAAGUGUAUCUGGGACUGCAGAACAAUCAGAUAUGAAUGAGAAUAAACCUUUACAUUUACUGACACCAGCACCAAAACCAAAAUGGAAACCAAGAUAUACAACUUCUAUUCAGUUCACAACUGACAACAGUAAAGAUCCAAACGUUGUGCAUAUUUAUCAUUCAAGUGAUGGUACUGGUCAAACUAUUUCAUAUCCAAAUCAAAUAUCAGAUAAUUCAAGAGCUAAUCAAGAAAUUGGAAAAAAUAAUGAAUUAUAUCCUAUAUAUCUGCAAUCUUCAAAUCAACAAGAAGUGCCAAAACAGACAAAUACUCAAACAGUCGAUGAAGAAGGAAAUCAGCAACAUCAGCAACAAAAUCCCCAUAAAAGAAUUACAUUCACUAAAGGUGGACAUAGAUUUAGACAUAUUUAUAGACAGUCAACACAAAAUCAAUAUCAAAAUAAUUAUGGAGAAUCUCAAUCUCAAUUAAAUCAAGAUCAUAAUCCAGAAGAAGUGUAUAAGAGAGAAAAUCAAAAUAAUAAUCAGCAGAAUGAGCCUUCUCAAAUUAAUAAUUCAGGCGGUAAAAUAGAACCACGUAUUUUAGAAGCAUAUGGUGGUGGCCCAUAUGAUGCUAAUCAUAGUGAUGAUAUUUUUCACCAUGUAACACAAAAUCCUAGCGUUACGUUACCUCCUUAUUCAGAUGGUAUAGAUUCAUGGGAUAUUAGAGAAAAACCAAGAGAAGUAAUCCCUUUAUCUAUGACUACAACAGUAAUACCAGAAAUACCAGAAGUACCGGAAAUAACAGAAAAAGUUGAAACAGAAGCUCCACCAACAUUCUGGACAAGACUUGGUCAUAAAUUUACAAAUACUUUUGAUAAAGCAAAGGAAAAAGCUAGAGAUAUAUUUGGUUAAAUAUAAUUUUUAAAUUUAAUUCAUUUUCAAUCUAUAUCCUAUAAAGAAUUAUAAUAUAUAUGAUUUAUUUACCACAAAUGAUAUAUUCAAUUGUAUAUAAGCUAAAAUAAUAUUAAUAUUCAAUUUAUGAUAUUGUAAUUUAAUGCAUUUAAAAAAAUUAACAUAACACAUAAAUUGUAUCAUAUGAUUUAGUAUUAUAAAACUUUAAAGCAUAAUGUAUUAAAAUAAAUACAAAAUUAUAAUGUGUUAA